AACCAUACCACCACAAUAAACACUAUGUCAACUAAAGCUAAGAUAAGAUCAUUUUUUGGACCUCAGCGUCAAUAUGCUGUUGCUGGGGCUAGUAAUAAUCCUAGUAAAUUUGGAUUUAAGAUCACCAAUUGGUACGUUGGUCAUGAUAUUUCCGUAAUCCCCAUUAAUCCUAAAGAGCAAGAAAUUUUAGGACAAACUGUUAUUCAUAAUGUAUCUACUAUAUUAGAUCAUAUUGAAAAGGGUCAAGACUUGAGUGGCUAUAAAUUGAGUAACGUUGAUGGUUUGAGUAUUUCAUUUUUGACUCCUCCUUCUAUCACAGCCACAACUUUAAAGGAGAUUGCCUCCCAUGACAAUUAUCAGAAGUUGAUCAAGGGAUUGUGGUUUCAGCCAGGUAGUUAUGAUGCAACUGUUUUGGAGACAGCUGAUAAGAUUGGCUUAUUCGAAAAAGUUGUUCAAGAAGAUGAAUGUAUCCUUGUGAGAGGUGAAGAAGGAUUGUAUAGCUCAAAUUUGUAGAUCAGCUGAUUAUGUAUAUGUCUUAGUAUAUAUAUAGUAAACUCUUAUUUAUUUAUUCAUUCA